AGUCUCUCCUCUCUCUCUCCUUCCAUUCUUCAUUCUUCCUCGAUUCUCCUCCAACCAACCGGCGUCAAGUAUUAAAGUCUUCUUAUAAUACUUGUUACUUGUGCUCUAUUCGAAGUCGAUUCUCUUUUCUUCAAAUCUAAUGUCAAAGUCGUCACUUUAUCUAUCCUUCUUUCUACAAUAACCAUCCAUAGGUCAAUUUCACAAUCUCACACUCUCCCAAUUAACUUCUGGUCGCAAUCUCCCCACAGCAAGGAGAACGAACACACACCCCCCCCCAGUACAAAAUACCUAUCGUCAGAAUUAUUAUUCAACCACCCACAUCAAAAAUAAUUUAAAAACAACCACCACAUAAAUAUCUUUAAAAACUCGAGCAACAAACGUCAGAGAUCUUACACACUUAUCCCGCGAACAGAGACUCGUCUCGAUUUGGUGUGAGAAAUCAUCACCUGACAGUGCUUUUUUUCGCUCAAAAUCUUUGGGGGUACUAUUGUGCGAACACUUCGGACUAAAGCUUUGACAAGCGUGCCCACCGGCUCCUUGCAUCACAACAAACUUUUCUUUUCUCUUUCUUGACAUCAAGACUAUCUGCCUCUCAUGAUGAGUCAACAGUAUUCCGAGAUGUUCCAGGAUUACCCUCCAAAUCGAUCGCCAGCGUCAAGUCGAGGAGCUUAUGGCAAUAUGACGCUUAAUCGCCAAUCAUCGCGACAAUUUAUGGACAAUUAUCAAGCACCUCUUCAGAAUGGAGGAGGACUGUACGCUUCCGACGACGCAUCACAAUACAACGCAAAUCAAGCCGGCUAUAGAGGUCCUUCCAGCAACGUGAAUUAUGCCUACGAGAGUCAGACUUGGAACUAUGGAGGUGCGAAUGGAGCUAGCACAAUGGGCACAGCAGGCCGCAUGAGACCUCAACAACAACAAGCUCGCAGAGCUGAAAUCCCAUCUGGUUGGAUGAAUCCAGGUACUCCAUCUCUCGGCGGUCCAAUCACUCAAACAUCCUUACAACAGCAUAACUUGUCUGGCAUGUUUGAACAACCUCAACAUUCCCAUCGCUCACCCCCACCACCAAAUCAGCAAAGCGAUCACGAAGAGCUAAUCCCAACCGCUAUCGUCAUCAAAAAUAUUCCUUUUGCUGUGAAGAAAGAACAACUAACAGAAAUGAUGUCUAACAUGGGAUUGCCAUUACCAUAUGCCUUUAAUUAUCACUUCGAUAAUGGUGUUUUCAGGGGUUUAGCAUUCGCUAACUUUACUGAUGCUCGCGAAACGCAACAAGUCAUCGAUGCCUUGAACCACAUGGACUUGCAAGGACGAAAGCUCCGAGUAGAGUACAAGAAGAUGCUUCCAGCUGCAGAGCGCGAUCGAAUCGAACGCGAUAAGAGAGAAAGACGCGGCCAACUUGAAGAGCAACACCGCGCACCAAAUGUCAUCUCCACAGGCUCCCUUCAUACCGCAGGAUCUAUGACUUCCAUGAAUUCCGGCUUGAGAACUACAUCUCCUUCACCUGUAAACAUGCGUCAGAAUGUUGCCGCCACCAAUGGUACCGCUGCAGAGUACGAUUUGAAUGAUCCAACAACAUUGAACUAUUACACCGAGCUACUCUUCUUCAAACAAGACGCCGAAAGAGAAGUUUUAACAUUCGCGCCUACAGUUUCUCCUGCCGAUCGAAGGAUAAUCCACACCUUGGCUCACAACAUGGGAUUGGACCACCACUCCCAAGGACAUGGCGAACUUCGUCAAGUACAAAUUGUCAAGCCUAAGCUUGCCAGUCCACCUUUGAACUCAAUUCAAGCCGGAUACUAUAACGAAUCCCAACGUCGUGGACUCAACCGAGCUGCAACAAUCGAUUUCAGUGAGCAGCGAGCCAAUGACGCUGCCUACCAGAUGCAUACUCUCGGCCGACAAGGUUCCGGUCUUCUGGAUAUCCCAGGUUCUCCAGGGGUACGUGACCUGCUCAGUGGUGAUCGUAAUUUACGAACCGCCAAAUCGUUUGCGGACUUGCGCUCAUACACGCCAUCACCUGUACCAUCGUCGGCGAGCUUCCCAGCUAAUAUGACCCAGAAUAUCGCCAGAUUCCAAGGCAACGAUUAUGGUCUCGGAUCAGUUACAGGUGGAACCCCUAACUUGACUCCUACGUCUGCAGGACCCUUGGGUCUCAGAGAGGAUGCGUUCCUUGCCAAUGGCAUGAGCAACAUGUCACUUGGAUAUGAUCGUCAACCCCGUUCGAAUGCGCCCGGUCGCAUUGGUCAAGAAAGAGAUAGCUACACAUCAAAUGCUGGUCCUAUUGGAAGCCAGCGUCCAGUCAAUGGAAGCCUUGAAGAUAGCAGCUCCAGAAAUGGACAAAGUGCAGUUCCAGAGAGACAACCAAGAGGCCCUACUAGUGAUCAAUGGGGAUCAGGAUUUUCUCGCAACAGACAAAAUGGCCAUGGUAGCAAAAGCAGUGAUGAUUCAUCUGAGCGCAACGGAUUCACCUCCGCAUCUCGGUUCAUGUAAUACUCCUCAAGAGAUUUACGACGUUACGAACAUUAGAGCUAUUGACGUGAUCUAUUACCACUUAUUAUAACGUCAAAUCACGGGCAGCGGCGUUUAGUUGUCAUCCCUCUUCCCUCGGCGGAAACACGUUCUCUUCCAUGCGGUCUUUUUCGGGGCUUCUGAUUUGCCUAUCAACAGGCUCGUCAAGCUCGGCUCUUGUUACUGUAAUUACACUUGUGACCUUGAUCUCCCAUUUGGGAGCCCCGGGGCUCUAGAUCUAUUCUUGCUCGCGGUAUAUACAAAUUUUGCUUAAUACUAUCACCGAUUGGCUUCCGCGAACGACGACAUAUUACGAAUCAACUAGGAUACCAUUAAAUCGACUGGGCAACCUUGACGAUAACGCUACUAUGACCUCCUUUCGGUAUCCAUCAAAACUAGGAUCCGGAUUAUUUUAACGUCUUUGGACAAUGAAUCCGAUAAUAAUAGGGGCUCGCCACACCCCUUUUCUACCCACGAUUGACGACCGUAACGUCCUGUCAUGCUAUAAAAUUAUAAAAAUUACCUUGGUCUGAUAUUCCAGAUAUCGACAUCAACCAACAUCUAUGUUUACUCGCUGGUUCUCGAGUUGAAUUCACAGGGCUGAUUGAGGAAUACGAAAAUCCAUUGUAUUUUAAUUGUUUGCUGCUCCUCUAGGUCAUCGAAGUUGGAAAAUUCUUGUACUGUUGUUGCUGGGAAUAUUGAUUCCAGAAGGGGGGUUUGAAGGCCAUGGAUAUGUGCAUGUUUGAUUUCAGGGUGUAUUGGGUUCUGACUCUUAUUGGAUGAGACACGGAGUAGGACUUCAAUGCACCCUUUUGCGCUUGAAUUUGUGCUGCAACUGAUAUUAUCAUGUUAUCACGGCGUCUGGUGGCGGGGAAAUAAUAGGAUAUAGGGAAAACAAUCACUCAUCGCCU